CUACCACUGACUGACAGACAGACAGCUGACUACUGACCAGAGGCUUGCUCAAACACCAUCCCCUUCUCAAUAUUAUAACAUUAAGCACCUGAGCCCUGGGAAUCUCCCUCCGCCGCUGCCAUGAAGUUCAGAGCUCUCUUCUUCUUCCUCCUUCUGGCAUGCUUCUGUCUCAGCCUUGCGCAAGGUUCCUACGAGAACUGUUGCUUAUCAUAUGUCAGCAGUGUCAAAGCGUCCGUGAAACGAGCCGUUAGAUCUUACAGGACACAGGAAACGGACGGGGGCUGCAACAUCCAAGCAAUUGUGUUUAAGCUGAGAAAAGGACAGGUGUUUUGCGCUGAUCCAGCAUUAUCUUGGGUGCAACUCUUGAUGAAAAAGCUUGAUGCGAAAAACAAGAUAGCUGAGAACCGAAAGAAGUCUGGCUGAACGCAACCCUCCCAGCCACCUAUUUCACAGCAUGCAAGAAAUGAGAUCAAUCAUUUUCAAGUGUCCUGUAUCAGCCUGUAACAGCACUGGUGGUAGUUGACAUGCUUGCACUGAUGCAGGUCCCUCGGGGGCCUCUUAUUCUUCUUCUGUCUGAGAAAUGACAUCACUGGACCUCCACAAUGCAUCCACUUUCCUACUACACUGCCACAGCCAAGCCAAAGAUUCAGUCUACACUGGACAAUCCUGAUUGCUGUCACUUACUGAGACACCACAUACUGUCAUUCUGCAAAGUCGUUCCAUUAACAAAAUGCUUAUAUAUAUAUAUGAAUGUUUUAAUAAUAAUAAAUAAUAAUAAUAAUAAUAAUAAUAAUAAUAAUAAUAAUAAUAAUAAUAUUCUUUUUUUAAUGAAAAUGAAUAAGCAGAAAAUGUGUUACGAUUCAUGCAAAUGCUUCUAAUUAUAUAUACAGGAUUGCAUGAAAAAAGUAAUUAUUGAACACGUUUUGAAUAUUUCCUCUGCACUUACAGGUCACUUCAAAUGCCCUGUUGCAAACACAUAUACAAAACCUCUGUAAACUAAAGACAAAUGCAGAGAAAUUGAGGGGAGUUGAGAUUUUUUCAAUGGUACCCAAGUAAUUAAACUUUAAUCAAGUGAAUGUAUUUUUUAUCAAGUUUUAUUUUUUCAAUGGCUGCUAUU